AUGGGAACAACCGUCCUAUUGGUGGGUAAGCCAAAAGGCCCCCUAAGCUCGUGAGCGAUUGGUAGGAUUUUGUGGACGCUCGCCGAUUUGAGUUGUUUUUCGGUUGCGUUGUCGGAUUCCCAGGUUUAGCGCUUGGUGCAAAUAAGACAGGAUGAACUUUACUCCGACACACACACCUGUCUGCAGAAAAAUAACCUUUGCUUCCAAACGCGGUGCUGCCUCGGGCUUCAGUGAUCCCAACAGGUGGAAGAGUAUGGCGGACUCGGUGGAGUCAACUCCCUUGCCUUCAACCCAGGAUCGGCUGGCCAUCCUUUGCCCUUCUCAGGAGCUCCUGGAGUAUUAUCAGAAGAAGAUGGCUACCUGUGAGGCAGAAAAUGAGGACCUGUUGAAGAAGUUAGACCUCUACAGAGAAGCUUGCGAAGGACAGCAUAAACUUGAAUGGAAUUUGCAGCAGAGGGAGGAAGAGAUUGCUGAAUUGCAGAAAGCCCUGAGUGACAUGCAAGUCUGCCUCUUCCAGGAACGGGAACAUGUUUUACGACUCUACUCAGAAAAUGACCGGCUGAGAAUCAGGGAACUGGAAGACAAGAAAAAGAUUCAGAAUCUGUUAGCUCUUGUGGGAACAGACACCGGUGAAGUGACCUAUUUUUAUAAGGAGCCUCCCCACAAAGUAAGCAUUCUCCAAAAGACUAUCCAGGGUGUACAUGUGUGUGAACAGUAUGAGCCUUCCGCUUUCAAAGCAGGUCCUAAAGUAAACAAAAAAAGAGUAACAAUAAAAGAAAAGGAAGACAUAACUGAGCGUUACCAGAGGGAAGUACAGACACUCAUCCUGCAGGUAGAAGCCCUUCACGCACAGCUGGAAGAGCAGACAAAGCUUGCCAGAGAACAAGUUGAAGGACUCAUGGAGGACAGACGGAUUCGAAUUGAGGAGAUACAAGUUCAGCACCAGAGAAAUCAAGACAAAGUCAAAGAGCUGACUAAAAGUCUCCAUCAUACCCAAGACCUGCUCUAUGAAAGCACCAAAGACUUUCUACAGCUAAGAUUUGAAAACCAAAAUAAAGAGAAGGUAUGGAUGCUUGAAAAAGAUCUCUUGAUGUCGAAGAUUAAGCAGUACAGAGUGCACUGUAAGAAGAAAGAAGAUAAACUUGGGAAAGUUAUUCCAGUUUUACAUGAGACUCAUCAUACUCAGAAUGAAUAUAUUAAGUCUCUAAAGGAUAAGCUAAUACAAGAGAAAAAGCUGUCCAACAUGUACCAAGAACAGUGCAUUUCCCUAGAAGAGGAACUUGCUCGAAUCCGGGAGGAAGAGGGGGUGAGGAGAGAGAUCUUCAAGGAUCGCUCCAACAAGAUGGGGAAGCGCUUACAGAUAAUGACAAAGCGCUACGAGGCCCUGGAGCAGCGACGUAUCCUGGAAGUCGAAGGCUUCAAGACGGACAUUAAGGUUCUUCGACAGAGGCUGAAAGACCUGGAGCAAAUGCUCUAUAAGGCAACAGCAAGUGCCCAGGGAAACCAGGACCUUGCCAUUCUGUGUGAAGUUCGUGACAGCAAUAGAAGAGCUCACAAGAUACAGGGAGAGCUGAAGGAGCUCAAGUCUAAAGUGUUCGGUCUGGAGAACGAGCUCAGGCUGUGUUGAUGUCUACUUUCUGGGGAGGUCAGCUUCCUGGGACCUGAGGCACGGUCACCUGUUCCCAGGCAGUGGACGUAGAGUUAGCCCGAGUAGUGGUAUUUCUUUUUAUAAAGAUGGUGUUAAGGGCA